GUUUGGAUCCUCUACCUGUGGUUCGAGUCUUGUGUUAGUCGGGACUCGAUCCGGCUCUCGGGGGUCCGUUGGCGGGCGCGAAACGCACUAGAAGUGGCCAAUAAUCGCGAGGGCUUGAAGGUCUUUUUGGCCAAUCAGCUCCGUUCAGCCCAGUCGCUGGGCUCCACUGGUGGCCUUGCCUUGGCUGAAUGA